AUGGGCAGCACUAUACUCAUAGUUGAAGACGACCCGAACACACUGGAAAUAGUGGAGCUUUACCUGCGCCGGGACGGGCACAGGGUGAUAAAGAGCCAGGACGGCAUAGAAGGGCUGCGCCUGGCCAGAGAGGCCCGGCCGGACCUGGUCGUGCUUGACCUGAUGCUGCCCGGUAUGGACGGGAUGGAGGUGUGCCGCACUCUGAGAGGUGAAUCGGAGGUGCCGGUAGUAAUGCUCACCGCCCGCGUCGAAGAGGAGGACCGCCUUGCCGGUCUGGACCUUGGCGCGGACGACUACCUCACCAAACCCUUCAGCCCUCGGGAGUUGGCCGCCAGGGUGCGGGCAGUCCUGCGUCGUACCGCCCGGGACGACCUACAGCAGGGCCCGGCAGAGCUUGGCUAUGGAGAUGUCAAGGUCGAUAUGAGACUGCGCACGGUGUACGCCGGCGAGAACCAGGUCACUCUCACUCCCACGGAGUUUCGCCUGCUUGCAAUGAUCAUUCGCGAGCCCGGCAGGAUCUUCACCCGUGAGCAGAUAAUCGACAGGGUCUUCGGUUACGACUUCGACGGCUUCGACAGGACGGUUGACGCCCACGUAUCCAACCUCCGACGCAAGCUCGGCGCAAACAGCGACGGCUCCGGCUACAUCCACACCGUAUACGGCGUAGGGUACAGGUUCGGCGAUGUCUAG